UUGAGAUUAUUUGACUUGUGAAAUUGCGCGCGACGUUGAAGAAACAAUACGAUCCGGGAUUUUGUGGGAGUUGAUGAUUGCAAUCUGCGAGAGAUUAGAAAGAUCCGCAGAAAUAAAUUGAGAAUAAAGGAAGAAAUACCUAUCCAGCACUUCGAAAACCCGAUAUCAAUCCCAUCCCAUCAAAAUGCUUCUCUUCUGCCCCUCCUGCAGCAACAUCCUCACCGUCUCUGUAACUCCUCAUUCCUCGACCCCCACGCCCACCUCGACGCAAGAUCUCACUGGCGCAAACCGUCUCGAAUGUCUCACCUGUCCCUACCAAUACAUCCUCACCCGCUCCAUCUUCGACCGCAAAACCUUUGUGCGCGAAGAAAAAGAAGAUGUAUUUGGAGGCAAAGAUGCCUGGGCCAAUGCCGAUACUUAUCCCAAACAAUGCGCGAAUAGUGAGUGUAAUGGUAUGGUGGCUGCGGCGAGGUUUGUGCAGAUUCGCAGUGCGGAUGAACCGAUGACGGGAUUUUAUAGGUGUAUGACAUGUGCAAACCAAUGGAGAGAGAAUUAGAUGAAUGGGGGCAGGUUUGCAGAAUUAUCUUUUGCUACGAAGUUGGGGGAUGUCGACAUGAAAAACAUGUUAGAUGUUUGUUCACGAAGGGAUUUGUCACGCAGAUCAUGCUGGGAAACUUAGCAAAUUUUUGAGCAGACAUGGCGAAGGACAUCUGGGCUGGGAUUUUGCAAUACGGCGUAAUGGUUAAUAUACCUCGUGAGACAAGUAGUCUGCAUUUGGGUGUAAAUUAUAUCAUAAAAGGCGUCGGAUUCUUUUUAAUUAAGAAGCGUUAAAGAAGAAGCUUUUACUUC